ACGUUUGAACAUCACGCAUCCAUCAUAAUUGUCGCGAACUAUCAAACGAAUUGUUACCGUAAUCACUGUAAAUUACCCGAUAAUUGGUGCACACAUGCAAUAUCCUGCACUCUUAACUUUUGAACACAACACAGUUCGCAACAGAGUUAUUCCGCAUCCACGCCGCGCUGGCCGAAACAAUGUUCGUGAAAUUAUACAUUUCCCUUUUAUUCGGUUUAGUUUCAUCACAAUUAAAUGGUGAAUUCUGGUGGCUCAAUGAAAAAGUUGCACAAUUGUACAAUAUAGAGCCGCCGCAUCCUAUGUUCGAUGACGUGAGUGAAUUCGAUACGGAUGAAAGUGUUAAAAUUAUUUUUAGAGACGCCGAUGUUAGUAUCGAAGCUAAUGAAGAUAUAGAAAAGCCUCCUAAUAUUUCGAACAAUAGCACGGAAAAUAUGACACUAAACAUUUAUUUCCAAGAUCAGAGUUCAUUGGCUAAACCUAUUUCUUUAACAAUAAAUGAUAAUUUAAGCGAUAAAUUAACGAGUGAAGAUUCGAAUAAAAGUAGUAACGAUGAAGUCGUGCCUACUCCCAUUAAUAACUUUUCAUCAACACCUCCUGCACUGCUUAAUAAAGAUCAUAAUGAAGAUGUUUUAAAUUUUGUGUUUCCCGAUGACAAUGCAUUGGAGUGGGAUGACAAAACUGAAUUUGAUUCAACCCAAAUUAAUGGCCUAACAACCAAUAAGCCAGACCCAACUACCACUUCCUUUAAAAAUGAUAAUAAACUCAUGGAUAGUGAAAGCAUUUGUACUUUUAUAACAACUGUUGUAUGUUUAAAAAGGCGAGGAAAUCCGUAUUCAUUUAAUGGAAGACCCCUAUCGCAGCAAAAGGUUAGUGAUGACCAAGUAAUUUGCUGUAUACUGCCCAUUAAAGCGUAUGAUGCUUCGAGGAUAUUAUUUCCAAAUAUGGAAAUUAAAAAAUACAAGCGUUUUAAGCGCUCAAACACUGAUACAGAAAAUAGUGCUUUGAAGCAAAGAAAUGCUUUAAUGAGGCGUAAAUAUCAAUCCCAAGAAGUUAAUCCGAGACUAUCAACAACAACUUCCCGAACGAUACUGACACAAAAAAUAGUUACUCCUGAAGAUUACUUGGAUCCAUACUGGAAUAUUAAAAACUCUAAAUUUAGAAAUCCUGCUAAAGACAGUAGCGACCAGAGCAAUGAUUCAAAAUUCGAUUAUGGACAUAAAGAAUAUGCAGACGACUAUACAGUUGAAAUUCCUAAGCCUGGUGGCUUAGUCGGUUUAUAUUCCGAUCACGGCUGGUCUGUUGCUAAACCAAAUACUGGCUAUUCAUAUGGAGAUUCUGGUGAUACGAGUGAAGAAAGUGGUGAUGGGGACUUUUCGAUUGGAUAUUCUACAAUUGAUCCGAGGCUUGGUACCCCUUUGUUACUAUCUGCAACCAGACGAAAACCAGCAAAGUUAUCAAUUUCGUCGAUUGGAAAUACUCAUAACUCAGCCAGUCAAUCAAUAAGUUUUAGGUCAAAACCGGAUUUCCAAGUGAUGCAAGGUUUUAAACUUCUAAAUUUGGUGCGAAAUAAAAACAGAUUUGUUCGAAAAACUACAGCUGCAACUUCAACAAUUAAUGACUACCAAGAUAGUACAGCUAUGAGCGAUAGACCAUCAAAAGCUUUUACUAGUUAUGGUGUCGAUUAUGAAGACUUUAUUGAUGCAGAAAAUCAAGUAUACAGUGAUUGUGGAAAAAUCUAUAACAACAUCUAUAAUAUAGGUAGAGAAUCUGGUGAGUUAGACAAAGGUACUAGUCCAUGGCUGACGCUCGUUGUUUUAACGAGAAGCCGUCAGAGUAUUCUCUGCUAUGCGACACUAGUUCAUCCCCAGGCUGCUGUUACUGCUGCUGAUUGUGUUUACGGAACCGCUCCUGGUGAAGUCAGCAUUAUUACAGGCGCUUUUGAUUUAUCCGAAGAAAAUGCUAAAACUGAGCAUCGUCUUACCACUGUUAUAACACAUCCACAAUACAAGCCCGGACAAUUAUCCGGAAACCUAGCAGUUUUACAUUGGAAGCGACCGUUGACUUUGGGAAGGAAUGUGCAACCAGCGUGCAUGUCGGACCCGCAUGUUGGUGACGACUGCUACUUCGUUGGAUGGGGAGGUUACGAUGAAGGAAUUCGCCAGCGGCCACACUGGCAACGUGCUUUUAUACUUUCGCCAAAAAUUUGCAAUGUUCGGUUAGCUAAGCUUGAUGUGCAACUACCGACUGAUGCAUUUUGCGCUUCCGUUGACUCCUCCAGGACCGUGACGGGUGUCGGUGGUCCGUUAAUAUGUAUGAACAAUGGCCGUCAAUCCAUAGUGGGAGUAGCAGUAUGGCGAGAUAACGUGAUACUAACAUUACCUGUGUUGGAAUGGACCGCUCGGAUAGUCGAAGAUAUUGUUAACUAAGCUUGUAGACAACAUGUUUUUAUGUGUGGAAUGUCGUUUAAAAUGUUUUUCAUUCAAAUAAUGAUGUGAGCAUUUUAGAAGACUUUGUACUUUGCAGUAUAUUAUUAUAAUUUUAUUUUUAAUAAACUGAUAAUGUAGAAUAGAAAUAAGAUGUAACUGUAGAAAAUUAAGAACAAUUUUGUAUUUUUAUAUCUAAAAGGAAAAGGUUAUUUAAUAAAACAAUUAUUUUUCA